UCGGAUGGAAAGAAGCAUCUGAAUGGUAUGUGAAGCAUGCUGAAAAUGAUAACGAAACUAGCCGAUUUGACCCAGGUAGACUUUCCUUGACGAAAAAUAUGGAAAAGCCUACGAAAAUUAGAAGAGGGCCAUCGAAUUUUUGA